CUUUUCUUAAAUCCAGUUUCAUUACAAAGCUUUAUUAAAUCUACUUCAUGAAUUUUAAAGUUGGGGGUAAAGUAAUAAGAAUUUAGAACCAAUACUCUGCAAUGUGUUGCUCUUAGUAAGAAUAAUAUAUUUCGACUUUUAUAAUUUACUUUAAGCGUAUUAAACUUUUCAAGGAUUGGAUUUAGUGGAUUUUUGCAGUUUUUACUGCGUUUUACAGCGUUAAAGAUUAUAUUACAUAAGCUUUAAGAAACUGUUUGCGCAAAAUUGAUAAAUGUUACAUAAUCUUAAUUGUUAGAAAAGAAUUAACAACUUUUAUCAUUAUACUUGUUGCCAAAAAUUUCUUUUCCUUCUUAUCACCUAAUCUAUAUCAGGGUUGAUAUCAUUAUUGGAGCCACGAGAACGCUAUCUAAAUCAUCGAUCAAGUGUUAUUCAACAAAUAAUAGAAUUUGCGGAGGCUGUUUCUUGGUAAAGCAAAUUACAAUGUUUUUCUGUUAUAGUGUAUACAAACAGACCUAAUGUGUUCGGCAAAAUAUAAUUUGCAAGGUAUCACCCUUGCGGUGUUUCGUUCUACCCACCUAACAACACGUUGCUAUAAAACCUUGGCUGAUGCAAAGUGUUAUCACAGAGAAGCUAUCAGGAUCAAGUGAAGACGAUUCAGGUUAACAGCAAGAUAACUUAUUCUUCAUUGAUUUACCAUUCAUUUUAUUUAUCACGCAACAAUGCAUAAAUCCUGCGUUUACAUCUUUACUGUCUUGCUGUGUUUGGCAUCAGGGACUUUGGCCCAACUUAAUUGCACGAACAUACCUCCUGUUCCUAAUACACCAGCUGAUCCACCAAUAACGAGUCUGAUAGCAUCUGCGAACGAAAAUAUAGUGGUUUGCAAUCAAAUAAUUCCAUUUUUCAAUGCUUUUAUCGCAAGUGCAAAAUUGCCUGGCGUCAUUAAUCAGAUAAAAGAAAUCGACGGGGUUUUGAGUCAACUUCAAACACGCAUGGAAAUCGUCAAUCGAAGACUAAAUUGUGGGCUUGUUGCUAGUGUGCAGGAAGCACAAAAUCUGCAACAAACUUUGCAAAAUGAUCUAGUUUCAAUAAGAGUAUUGGCUGGAAUACGAUCAAGACUUGUAAUAAUCAGAGGUCAAUUGGUGCACAUUAUUCAUUAAUUUCAACGUUACAUCUUUACUCCUAUUAAUAUCACUUUUUUGUACCUUCCUGUUGUGGAAACUAGCCGUUUUAACGUUUAAAGCAUAUUUGUUAUAAUUUAAUAACUGUGAACAAUAUUAACAUCAAGGGAAAUGGAGUACAAAUA